AUGGCCGUCAAGUUCUUAAAGCCCACAUGGGUGCCAGCCAACAGCCCCGGCGGCGGCUUCACCAUGGACAGGGUGGGCAAGGUGCUGCUUGAGUUUGCGGCGGCCUCCGGUGAGCGGCAGUACAGCUGGGACAACAAGAUCAGCCUGGCCAUGAGCGCCACUGAGCUGGGUCAGAUCUUCGCAGACCCCAAUCAGGAGCACAGCUUCUACCACGACCCCAACAUCAUGGACGCAUCGUCCAGGGGUGCGGUGUCCAAGGCCCUGCGCUGGUCCCUGGCGCCAGACGGCAAGGCCUACUUCAUCAGCGCGUCCAUCGGUGGCACCAGCGCCACCAAAGCCAACAUCACAGUCCCCCUCACCCGCGCAGAGUACUACGUCUUUGAAUCGGUGGGUGCUUGA